AUGGAGGGCAUUGAGGCUAUGAAAGUUCAAGAGCUAAUUGAUGAGGAGAGUGGGGAAUGGGAGCAAUGGCUGCUGAAGGACUUGUUCACUGAUGCAGAGGCACAGGUAAUAGGAAAAAUUCCGCUAAGCUUGAGAGGAGGGGAGGAUAGGUGGAUGUGGCACUUUGAUCGAAAAGGUUUGUACUCAGUGAGAAGCGGGUACCAUGUUGCAAGGAAGGUGGAGCACAUGGAAACUAUAGCCUCUUCGUCAAGCUCACAAGGUGGUUGGGGUUUCAUUUGGAAGAAGGUAUGGAAGGUGAAUGUACCACCUAAAGUACGUAUGCAUGCAUGGAGGAUUUUGAAAGAGGUUCUCCCAACAAAAUGGGUGCUAAAAAAGAAGGGGGUGGAUCUGGGUGUGGAGUGUCCUUUCUGUGGAGGGGACAAAGAGGAUGGGCUCCAUAUUUUUAAAAAUUGUGGGGUGGUUAAUCAGCUAUGGAAGUGUUCAUCUUUGACCUCGACUCCAAGUACUCAUCCGGCGAUGGAGAUUAAAGCCUGGUUAUGUGAUAUGGUAGAGUUGAUGCAUGUGAAGAAAUUAGAGGUGUUUUUGUAUACAUUAUGGGCCAUUUGGGUGGAACAAAAUAACAUUGUUUGGAGGGGUGGAUGUUUUGUUCCAGUCAAUGUGGCUGGGUGGGUUAAUAACCAGGUGGAUGAGUACAUAAAGUAUCAUUGUAGAACUGAUUGUACCACUGGUAAGCAGAGUCGGCGAACACAUACCAAAUGGAGGUGUCCACCUAGUGGCAGACUCAAAAUAAAUAUUGAUGGUAGUUUCGUUGAGGUGCAGGAAAGAGGUGGUAUGGGAGUGGUGGUCCGGGAUAACAAUGGUGAUUGCAAAGCAGCCUUUGCUCGACCAGUUCAUUACGCUUUGUCUGCAUUGCAUGCGGAGGUAGAAGCUUUACGCGCUGGCCUUCUUAUAACAGUGCAACAAGGGUGGGAUGAAGUUGGGUUUGAAUCGGACUGUGUUGCAUUAGUAAAAGCCUUUCAAAAGGAUGAUGAGGACCUUUCUGAAAUUGGCGUUUGA